AUGGCGGCGGGAACCGUAGACACAACCUGGAUGUGGAAUCCUGCUUUCCGCGAGGAUUCCACGUCUACCGCAGGACGCUUCGUUCACUUUCGCAAGACCUUCUUCAUUUCCGAAGAGGUACCGUCGUCCCUCGAAAUCCAGAUCACCGCCGAUACACGAUACAAGCUCUACGUCAACAAGGAGCUAGUCGCCUUCGGACCUGUCAAAGGUGAUGCCAAUCUUUGGUUCUACGAUGAAGUCGACAUCGGUCCGCACCUACGUUUGGGUGAGAAUCACAUCGCAAUUCAUGUCUUGCGACUCUUUCACGGGACUUCCUGGGGCACCAGCUUCCCACACUUGGGGUCAGGCGGUGUCCGUAUAGCAACAACUAUCGACGAUGCCGUCUGGUCGCCGCAGAUUCGAAGCAGCACCCUCUGGCAGACGGCAAUAGAUCCAUUUGUGACUCUACGCCUCGAUGAAGCUGAGGAUGACUUCUUACACGUAUACGAGAAGGUUUCGACCUCAGGUGUUGCAUCCCUGGAGUGGGCUUCAGCCGUGUUGCUCCGAUACCAAAAUUCCACAGGCGUCACGGCACCAUGGAAACUGUCACCCCGUCUGAUUCCACUCAUGACAAGGCAGAAAUGUCAGUUCAAGACCAUACAUAACGUUGAGAGCUCCUUGGGCCAUGAUGCCUGGAAGGCUGUGGUUACAACCUCCCACCUCGAAGACAGCGACAUCCUCAUCCCCGCUGGUACCAGCCACCAAUUGGACCUCGAGGCUCAGAGCCACACCACCGCCUUCAUCCGCUUCCGUUUCAAACGCCCCCAGAUUGGGGGAGCCUGCCUUACCGUCACAUACUCCGAGAGUUACGAAGACGACCCAGAGUUGGUUCCUUAUCUCCGCCGCAAGGAAAACCGACGAGACACGAGCAAGUCCCUGAUCGGGCCCAAGGACAUUUAUACUUUGCGGGGGCAAGACGGAGCCCUAGACCUAGGCUAUUACGACAAUGAAACUUCCGAGGAGAUAUACAUGCCUUUCCACUGGCGAGCUUUCCGAUUCAUCAGACUCAACAUCCAGGCUGGCUCUUCGGACCUGACAAUGCGCGGCAUCGAUAUCGAAACGACUCACUACCCUCUAGAGGUACUCUCGAGUUUGAAGAUGGGAUCAAGCGAUAGUAUAAUGGAAGAAUUAUACGAAACGAGCAUAAGAACGCUGAGGAACUGCAUGCACGACUGCUACGAGGACUGUCCCUUUUACGAACAACUUCAAUACGCCAUGGAUACCCGCAGCUCCUCGCUCUUUACAUAUUACCUAUCCGCAGAUGAUCGCCUGACGAGACAAGCAAUUUUGCAACUACAUAGCUCCUUCCAGCCGCGUAUCGGACUAACCGCGAGUCGAGCACCUUCAAGCCAGCUCCAAAUCAUCCCUCACUUUUCUCUUUACUGGAUCUGUAUGCUACACGACCACUUCCAGUUCUACGCCGACAAAGAGUUCAUUCGACCUUUCCUCCCGGUUCUGGACGCUGUUUUGGACUACUUCCAUUCACGUAUCGAUCAUCAGUUCGACCUGGUGUCUCUGAGGAAUGAAGGAGGCGUCUGGAACUUUCAUGACUGGGCUGAGCAGUGGCGGCCGUACGGUAUUCCACCAUCGGUAGUCAAGUCUGGCAUCUCGACGUAUACCAACAACUUGUAUGCGUAUACUCUCGAGGCGGCAGCAAGGCUGCAGCUCACAUGCGGAGCCCGGUCAGCUCUGGCAGACGAAUAUUCUCAUCGAGCAAGCCGGAUUGUAGACGCUAUCAAACAGCAUUGCUUCGAUGGGCAGUACUUCACCGACAGUAUUGCUGCAGGUUCAGACCCUAUGGUCGAUCGUAGCCAGCAUAGCCAGGUCUGGGCAGUCCUCAGUGGUGCCGAAUUCGGCACCACUGCCCAAAACCUGCUACGAAACGCCUUAAAAACGCCCCAAGGAGGCAAUUCACUCGUCAAAACAUCCAUCUCGAUGUCAUUCUAUACGUUACGUGCGAUCAGCGCUGCUGGAGGAUCGUUGUACGAAGACUUGUUUGCCGAGUUCUGGGGGCCAUGGCGCCACCAACUGUCGUUGGGCUUGACAACCUGGGAGGAAGAUGACGUUUCGCACCGCUCAGACUGUCAUGCUUGGGGGAGUGCUCCCAUUUAUGAGUUCCUGGCCGAGGUGGCGGGUAUACGACCUGCGAUGCCAGGAUGGGAGGAGUUGGAGUUUGUUCCGCGCGAGAGGAAAGAUGGCAUUGGCGAAGGUUUCUUGGCAUUCAUCAGACGGGGAGACGACUGUCGCGUUGCGCUUUGA